UGUCAAAGUGGCAAAAAAAUCAAUACCAACCCCCAACCCUCCUCGUUAAAAAUGUAAAUGCGAAAAAAUUCAAUACUGUGCAGCCAAACGCGACGGUCGCAGCGUUCUUCACUUACAAUCGCUCUCCCCGCUUUAUCCCCCAGCACGUAAUGCUCCAGAUUCGGGAAUAUUACCCAUAUAUCGGUUAAAGAUUGAGAACGGUUUUCGUAUCGCCCCUUAAAUCCUCAGUAAAAUCCCCAGCGAGGGCAACUUGCAAACCGGCAAAAAAAAAAAUAUAUAUAUAAAGUGCACAGCCUGUGUUCAGUGAAAGAAAAGUGGCCAAGUGUUCCAGUGCUAAGCUAUAGCAUACGAUCUUGGGCAGAUCCGGCGAAACAUAUGUCAAGUGCAGGGCGCCGCGACUGCUAGCAGAGGCUGUGACUGCGACUUCCGCAUCCGCUCCUGUUUCUGUUGUUGUUGGCGGCAGCAGCAGAUACAACAAUGAUAAGCAGAACCGAUUCGCAGACAUAACACAUUGCGGUGGCGGUUGAGAAGAACGGCAUGGUGAAAAUGGAAUCCACGGAAGAACAGGAUCGAAAGCUAGUUUUGGAGUUCUGCCACCUGCUAGAGAAGUCCAAACAGCUCUUCAAUGGGCUCAGGGAUCUGCCUCAGUAUGGCCAUCGGCAGUGGCAAGCUUACUUCGGCCGCACCUUCGAUGUCUACACCAAAUUAUGGAAGUUCCAGCAGCAACAUCGCAUGGUACUGGACUCAAAGUACGGCCUGAAACGCUGGCAGAUCGGCGAAAUAGCAAGCAAAAUUGGCCAGCUCUAUUAUCACUAUUACUUAAGAACCAGCGAAACCAACUACCUGAAUGAGGCGUAUCAGUUCUAUGCGGCAAUUAGGGGUCGGGCGUACUAUUCGCGAGCGGCUAAGGAGGAUCGUCCGGAUUUGAUGGUGAAAAAGCUGCGAUACUAUGCCCGUUUCAUUGUUGUUUGCCUGCUGCUCAAGAAGAUGAAGCUGGUUCGGGAAUUGGUCACCGAGCUGGAAAAACAAAUACAGGAGUACACGAACACCUACGAGCCGGAGGAUCAUUUGGAAUGGUCGCUAGUGCUGGAGGAGAUAAAGGGCUUCAUUAAGGCGGAGGCGGCGGUGGCCGUCCUCCAUGCUGACUCCAAUCCCAUCAUAUUGUCGCACAGUGGUUCCGGUUCUAGGUUGUCCCCGCUGACGACGCCGCCCUGCGAGCGAUCGCCGCACAUGACGCUCAGUCUGCAGGAGAUCCUCAUCGUGGGCUCCGCCUGUGAGCAGGCCAAGUUCUCGGAACUGACUAUGGACAUGUUCCGGAUGCUCCAGACGCUAGAGCGUGAGCCGACGGAAUCAACUACGAAUCCGCUGAGCAUGGCCCAUGGACUACAUGGGCACGAUGCGAGUCCGGCGGCCAGCCGGAUACCGCCAUACGGAGUGCCGGGCUCCAAGGGCUACAUGGAGAACGGCCGGGCCUUUAGAGACAAUCCCCACAAGUAUCUACUGUACAAACCUUCGAUUAGUCAGCUGCUGGUAUUCCUCGCCAGCGGCUCCAAGGAACUGCCGCUGGGCGGUGCCCUACUUCUUUACAUGUCCGCUGAUGGCUGCUUCUCCACCACCAAACAUCCCGAGGAUUUUGGCUACGAGUUGGGCGGCCUAGCCACCAGCGUGAAGCGGGACAGCGUGGAUGGAGGAGGACUGUCUUGCCGGGGCAAGUCGUACAAGGAGAACCACUGCCUAUAUCCGGGUGAUCUGUAUCCGUUCACACGCCGACCAAUGUUCGUCGUGAUCGACUCGGACAACUCGUUUGUCUUUCAGCACAUACCACGCUACUUUGGUCAGCCGUUGGUGGUGCUCAUGUCGCCGCAGGAUGUGCCUCCCGCAUUCCAGGCUGAUGUCCAGCACCAUGGCUCGCUAUUUACGUUGUUCCUGCACUCCCCGCUCACAGCCCUCUGUUACAUCUGCAACGUCGGAGACGUGCCCAUCCACCACUGGGAACGCUGUCAGACCUACGUGGAUCGCUUCAUCACGGAGGCCUCGCGCCUGGUCACCAGAUGUCGCAUAGAUGAGAUCGAACAGGGCAUAGGAUUUAUAGACUCUUCCUAUGUGCAGUUCUUUGGCGACGACUUCCUGCGCACUCUUAUCCUCCGCUUCGUCUUCUGUGAUGUGGUGCUGCGUCUGCACCGUGGAUUCCGUGGGCGGCACAUGAGACCGCGAUGUGAGCCCCAAUUGCCGGCGAACGAGUUGCUGGAACAUCCAUCGCUGUCGCACAUCAUCUUUCAGCUGGCAUCGGCGUUGGAUGUGCGGGGUCAUUUCUCGGAGGGACCGGAGUGCGACUGAUGACUUUUAGCGGCCGUAGUCCUAGUUUUGGCCGUGGGGAUCUGCCUGCGACAGCAGCUGUUCCAGGUGAUCGAGAGGCAGUUUUCCGGAUGGAUGCUUUCGCUGUACAAUACUUUUCCGCUGGGCUGGAACUGGGCCUGAGAUCGGGGGCGUGGGUUUCCAUGGGUUUCCGUUACCUUUCCUCGGGCAGCGACCCCCCGGCUGCCGGCGUAAUUCAUUUUUAAAUAACGUAAAGCAACGUAACUGCAUUAUAAUACGAAUAUAAAUAUAUAAAUACGAGUAUAAUAUAUAUAUAUAUAUAUAUAUAAUAUAUGCGUAUAUGGAUAAAGGUAAAUUAAUCAAGUAGCUAGAUUUCUUAUAUAGUGCGUCGCGCAAUGGAAAUGGUCCAAUGUUAGUUGCUUAGCAUAUACAUAAUUAAUGAUAACGAAGAUAUACAUACGUGAAAUCAAUGAUAUUCAGCCGAUAUCGCUGCAGCAACAAGAACAACAACAGCAGCAACAGCAACCACAAAACAUGUCAAAAGAACCUAACAAACGAUAACUGCCAAAAGAAGAUGAAAAACAAACAAUUUAAGAAAAAACGAAACCGAAGAUCUAAUCAAAUUUAGUUUGAGCGAUAGCGGGAAAUUUUUAUGAAAAUUGUGAGUGGGAACUUUUUGUAUCGGGUCGGGUCUCUAGAAUGAUCGCCCGAUGAUCGGGAAAACAUAUAUAGGUAACUUUGUCAUACGCAGCGGAAACAUUUUAGCUUUUAUACAACCGAUAUUGAGAGGAAACCUAAUCGAAGAAAUCGAAAGUGAAUUACGAACACACGACACACUAUAUAAGAAAGGGAAUGCGUUUUUUAUGCAUUGUACGCGGCGCUCAUAACAAAUUUAAAUUACGAAACCAGAAUAUUAUUGUACGUAUGUAAUAUUGCAUAUAUGUAUCUAUUAUGAUUACAAGAUGACUGAAAGUUACUGUUUCAACAAUGGAAAAAAGAAAUAAGAAAAAAACAAAGCAAAAAGAAGGCAACGUUUAGCAAAAGUAAUAAUAAAUAAAAAAUAACUUAUACAUAAUGCCCUAGUUAAGUGAAACAUGGAAAAUAUACAAAAUAUAUUUUGCGUAUGUUAAAGUAAAAUACAAAAAAAAAAAGAAAGCCCAACCAACAUUUUAUACGAAAGAAGAAUACAAAACGCAUACAAAAUUUACACUUUAACUAACGAGAAUGAAAAUGAAAAUGCAAAUGAAAAUCUGUUCUUGAAUCAUUUUUCCAAAAUGCCGCAAAAUUCGAUUUCGGUUUUUCGGUUCAAACUGUGAAUUUGGAACAGGUCACCGUAAUAAUAAAUAUUUAUGAUAACAUAUAGUUACAAGUCACACUAACUCUAUGGAUUUAUAGGCAAAUGAUAAACGCAAUAUUGAAAGUUACAAAAUUAUAUAUAUAUAUAAAGCAUAUAUAUUUCAAUACGAAAAUAAAACUAGUUGAACGCAUAGUAAAUUACUUGAUCAUUUUUACAAGACAAGCCGCAAACGAAAAUAAAGCAAAUUCUUACAAAAAACCAAAAGACAUAAAAACAAUUUAACAAUUACUUUAAAUUUAUUAUUUACUAUGGAUAAUAUGUGCAUUUUUUAUAUAUUUAAAACGAAAGAUAAACAAAUUUUACGCUAGUUACAAACAAAUUUUUCUGAAGUCUUCAAGCAGCCGUAUUAAAAAGAAAACAAAAAAAAAUUUAAAACAAAAACUACAACAAAAACGAAACGAAAAGAAAAGAAAACUAAUUUAUUCAGCCGAGUUCUUAUCAACUUAUUCGCUUUGUUAACUAACAAAUUGUAUAGCUUUUUCACAAAUUUCGUUUACACUUUUUGUACAUAUAGGACAAAUACUAAAAGAAUCGUUGAAAGAACCAAAUUAUAUCACUCCACACACCCACUCAGUGCAUUGUAUCAUUUCCAUUUAGGUUUUUGUACAUUUUGAGAAAUGCAUUUACGAAAUAGCGAGAACAAAUAAGGUAAAUUAAAUGAUGGAAAGAAUUGCAAAUAAUCAGCAACAUUAACCACACACACUCACACGUAAACAAAGCCCACAAAACGAGAACAUCUAAACAUUAUCAUAAACAAAUUGUUUAAACGACAUGCAACACCGUCAAAGUCACAAAUAACAUACAACAUAAUGAAAUGAUAACAAAUUUAGCAAAGCCACAAGAGAAUAUUAUGAAAAUGGAACGGAGAACGAGAAAGUGUAUGGGAGUUUGUAUGAAGUAAUAAGAAUAAAGCACACGUUUGAAAAGA